CAAAAGCUAAAAGCUCAGAUCGAACUCAUUGAAGCGAGAACAACGCCCGGCGUAGCCGAUUUAACCCCCGAGCAGAUGGAAGCUCAAGGGCUUUACGAGAAUGCCAUGGAAAUGCUGGCCAAGCCGCGCAGUGAUAAACGCGUUGCAUUAACACUGCUUCGCAAGGCAGCCGCUUUUAAUCAUCCCAAGGCACGCGCAGAACUGGCCUGGUCCGUGCUCUUGGGUCAUUGGACCAUUGAUUUUCACCAUGCCGCCGACGAGUUCGAGAGCUUGGCAAAUGAAGGUGUUCAUGAGGCUCAUUUAGGUCUGGGAUUCCUAUACUCGGCGGGAGUAGGUGGCAAGAAUGUCAGUCAACCACUGGCUCUACUACAUUACACGCUUGCUGCACUUGGCGACAAUACGCUUGCCCAGAUGGCCAUGGGCUAUCGGUAUUUGUAUGGCAUCAAUGUGCCAACUAGCUGUGAGAAGUCCUUAAUUCAAUACAAGCGUGUGGCUAAGAAGGUAGCAUCAAAGAUUACGUUCGCCAACGGGCCGGUUGUGCAUCGAGUCCGUCUGCUAGAUGAGCUAGAGAAUCCAGGCAGUCAUGAAACGGAAAUUGUAGACUAUUAUCAAUUGCUCGCCGACAAAGGCGAUGUGCAGUCCCAAGUAGGCUUAGGUCAGUUGUAUUACCAAGGCGGGAAGGCUAUUCAGCAAGAUCACCAAAAGGCAUUGGAGUAUUUCACGCUUGCAGCCAACGCAGGCAAUGCCAUAGGUUUUGCAUUUCUCGGCAAGCUCUAUUUGGAGGGUAGUGAGCAAAUCAAGGCGGAUAACGAAACUGCCUUCAAGUACUUCUCCAAGGCUUCUGAAAUGGGUGAUCCGGUGGGUCAAAGCGGUCUAGGGCUAAUGUACUUGAAAGGUCUUGGUGUGCCCAAAGAUUCCAUCAAGGCUUUGUCGUACUUUACACAAGCUGCAGAUCAAGGCUGGGUUGACGGACAAUUGCAACUGGGCACCAUGUACUUUACUGGCAAUGGCGUUAAGACAGACUACAAACUUGCGCUUAAAUAUUUUAAUUUGGCCACACAGUCAGGCCAUGUUUUGGCCUACUAUAAUUUGGGUAUUAUGCAUGCUUAUGGCAUGGGCAUGCUGCGAUCCUGCCCAGCUGCUGUUGAGUUCUUCAAAAACGUCGCAGAGCGUGGCCGUUGGAGCAGUAGAUUGAUGCACGCCUAUAGUGAUUAUAAACAGAAUCGCAUUGAUGAGGCGUACAUGCAGUAUUCCCUAAUGGCUGAAGUUGGCUAUGAGGUGGCGCAGAGCAAUGCAGCAUUCCUUUUGGAUCGAGAGGAGGUUCAUGUGUUUAACGAUCGACAUGAAGAUUUGAUUCGUGCAUUUUAUUAUUGGAAACGAGCUGCUGGCCAGGGUUAUUCAGCGGCUCAAGUGAAGCUAGGCGAUUACUAUUACUAUGGCUGGGGUAAAACCGAUUUUGAAACUGCUGCAGCUCUUUACAGGUAAAAAGCUUCAGAUCAGCAAUACAACGCGCAAGCUAUGUUUAAUUUGGGUUACAUGCACGAGCAAGGAUUGGGCAUGAAGAAGGAUUGGCAUCUGGCUAAAAGAUUAUAUGAUUUGGCAGCAGAAACAAAUUCGGAUGCCAAAGUGCCUGUCGCUAUUGCACUAUUCAAGCUUCAGAUGUUAGCCAAGAUUGAGUCAAUAAAACAGUCGCCAUACAGAUUCAUCUUUUAUAUGGAUGAAAAUAUUGCUGCCAAUUGGGAUUUAUAUAUGAUUACCGUACUAACCCUGCUAUUGGGUAUAAUAAUGUACACUAGACGACCAUUCCAACAGCCAGAUCAACCUGCACAGGCACCCCAGCCAUUAGGUAAUGAUAUAGCAGCUGUUCCCGUGAAUACUGCACAAGCAGUUCCAUUAGCACCAGUAGGAGCCACAGCGACAGCAGCAGCAGCUUCCGCUUCCGGUUCUUCUACUGGAGCAACGGUCGUUACAGAAGUAUCCUCCACAUCCAUAACUACAACGACUGCAACCGUGUCUAGCAGCGAAUCGUCCAGCCCAACAAAUACGGCAAGCAGCUCAUCUGCAGGGACAAGCAGCAGCAGCAGCAGCAGCAAUACGCUCGAUCCCACUGAUUAGGCUUAACAAAUUGUUUAAUCAUCCCUAGUUUAAUUAGUGACCAUGUAAAUAUUUAUCAUCUAUUUUUUAUUAUUUCUG